AAUGAGUAACAUUUUACUACAUUUUUUUUUCUUGGGCUUGGUUGUUGGUAACGAACAAGAGAGUACUCCGUACUCACUCCGCAAAACCCAUUUUUUCGACCCAAACGGUCAGCUCUCCGGCCCAAAACCCUAAUUGUAACCCUCAGUUUAUGCGUCCUUCGUCUUCGUCUGUUCCGGAAAACCAUAAUCCUCAUUUGGACACCAAGACUGCAGAGUGAGCAGGAUUCCAUGGCUCGAGGUCUCAAGAACCCUAAGAAGGCGAAACGCAAGGGAAAGAGUCAGGGCGUGAAGAAAGGAGAUGGGGCAUCUUCAUCAUCGAGCUCGGUGCCUUCCAUGCCGGCGAAGGUGUGGCAACCAGGAGUAGACAAGUUAGAAGAAGGAGAACAACUUGAGUUUGAUCCUUCUGCUUACAACACUCUCCAUGGCUUUAACAUUGGAUGGCCUUGUUUGAGCUUUGAUAUUUUACGUGACUCUCUAGGGUUGGUACGGACAGAGUUUCCACACACUGUGUACUCUGUGGCAGGAACUCAGGCUGAGAAAAGCUCGUGGAACUAUAUUGGGAUUUUUAAGAUAUCUAAUAUAUCUGGGAAGAGGCGAGAGUUAGUACCCAAAUCAAAAAAUGAAGAUACUGAUGUGGGAAGUGACAGUAGUGACAGUGAAGAUGAAGAAGAAGAAGAGGAGGAAGGUGGAUUGGGAGCCCUCCGCUUUCAGCUUCGCAAGGUGUCUCAUGAAGGAUCUGUGAAUCGCAUACGUAGCAUGACUCAGAACCCCCAUAUUUGUGCUUCAUGGUCAGACAGCGGACAUGUUCAGAUUUGGGAUUUUAGCUCUCAUAUAAAUGCAUUGGUGGAAAGACAAAGUGAUGUUAGCCACGGGGCCUCUGAAAUUUUUAAUACACCACCUUUAGUUAAGUAUAGUGGACAUAAGGAUGAAGGCUAUGCUAUUGACUGGAAUCCUCUUGCUCCUGGAAGGCUUGUAUCAGGGGAUUGCAAGAGUUCUAUUCAUCUUUGGGAGCCAACAUCUGCGGCAACAUGGAAUAUUGAUCCGAAUCCUUAUGUUGGACAUAUUGCAAGUGUUGAAGACCUGCAGUGGAGCCCUACAGAGGCUUCUGUAUUUGCAUCCUGCUCUGUGGAUAAAAAUAUUGCAAUAUGGGAUAUACGCAUUGGGAGACAUCCUGCAGAAAUGAUAAGAGCACACGAUGCAGACGUUAAUGUUAUUUCUUGGAACAGGUUGGCAAGCUGUAUGCUGGCAUCUGGAAGUGAUGAUGGGAGUUUUUCCGUUCGAGAUCUUAGGUUGCUCCGGGAUGGAAAUGCUGUAGUUGCCCACUUUGAGUACCAUAAACAUCCAAUCACAUCUAUUGAAUGGAGUCCACACGCAGGCAGUCCAGAUGAAGCGGCUACACUUGCUGUUACAUCAUCCGACAAUCAAUUGACAAUAUGGGACCUUUCUUUGGAAAGAGACGAGGAAGAAGAAGCAGAGUUCAAGGCACAAAUUAAGGAGCACGUGAAUGCGCCUGCAGAUUUGCCCCCACAACUUCUCUUUGUCCAUCAGGGCCAAAAUGACUUGAAGGAACUUCACUGGCAUCCCCAAAUUCCAGGAAUGAUUUUGUCCACAGCUGCCGACGGUUUCAACAUCUUAAUGCCAUCAAACAUUGAAAAUAUGCUCCCUCCUGCCAACUAAUAAGCAUAACCUAAAAGUCAAGUUUGUUUCUUAGAGUGCCCAAACUCUUGUCUCAUCAUUCAGUUAUAUUUUUGUUUUUUCCCCUGUUUUUGUCCACUGGGUUCAAAUUUCAAAAUAUACUCUACAUGUCCCACAUUAUAAGUUAUGCAUUGAUUUUUUGUUAGCUUUCAAGUCCCUGUUGAUGGAAGAAAAAGAAAAAUGAAGAUAUAAAAAGGGU